AUGGAUUCUGAGCAGGAAAACGAUAAAAAUGAGCUCGGGAUGAAUCGACUCAAAAUUGUGAGGAAACGAGAAAAUGGAGGAAAAGACGAGUUCGUUUAUAAGAAAAUUCCACGCCAUCGCGGAUUUUUCUCGCAGAAAGAUGUUCGUGAGCAUACUGGAUGUGUGAAUUGCAUAGAAUUAUCAAAAGAUGAAAAUCUCCUAAUCAGCGGAGGCGAUGAUUUGAGGGUAAUUAUUUGGAAUUUCGCCGAAAUGAUGCUUCAGAGAGCGCCGCAGCCGAGGAUGGUGAUGAAACAACAGCACAAAUCGAAUAUUUUCUCUGCCGCUUUUACAAAUGACACAAAAUCAGUGUACACUGGAGGCAAUGAUGGAAUGAUUAUUAUGCAUGAUCUUAAUACGGGAAAGAAGAUUAUGAGUUGCGAGAGGGACUUUUUCAGACCGGUGUUUUCAAUAUCGCAAAAUCCAUUUGAUAAUAAUUUGAUUGGAAUUGCAUCGUCUGCGCUGUGGACAUAUGAUCCGAGAAGCGAUGAAACAGCGCUGAUAUUGCGAGAAUCUGAUGAAGGCGACAUUUCCCAUGAGGGACCAUAUUAUUCAGUAUCAUUUCAUCCGCAAACCGCUUAUCUUCUAGCGGCAAGUUCUGCUAGCGAAGGACCCCUCAUAUACGAUAUUCGAAACACUGAAAAGCCGCUUAUGGCACGCAGAGAGUUUGGCGGAAUAUCGGACACUAGCCAUAGAUCGGGAUUAAUUGAAGACACGUGUGCUGUGUAUGCCGAAUGGAGUCCGAGUGGAGAAAACCUGGCGGUUCUUUAUUCCGAACAUGUCCCACAUUUCUAUAACUUUGCCGACAAAACUUGCCAUGUAUUGGAGCAGCAGGAUUAUGAGUGUAAGCAGACGUUCAAAUCACUAACGUUCAUUGACGAACGUACGAUUGCCACCGGAUCGGAUAAUUUUGAGAUCAUGUGGUGGGAAGUGCCGGAACCUGACUUCCUUGAAAAACCGAAUCAGGAUCAAACAUUCAGAAAAAUUGAGAUUAGUAUGUGCAGCAAGUAUCUUCAAGGUCAUCGAUCGAUUCCAAAUCAAGUGCGCUAUAGCAGCAAUAAUCAUGUACUGGUGUCAAGUGGUGUUGAAAAUAUGGUCAAGCUUUGGUCGAGCUACAGACUUCCAUGGUCUUAUGAUCGGCCAUUCACUCGACUGAAGUUCGGACAAUAUAUGGGAACCCGUGCAAAUCAAGAUGCCAUUGAGAAACGAUUAGCUGAAGAGCUUGAAGAGGAAUUGGGCGACGAGUUGGAAGGUCGAGCGAAAUGGGAGGACGUGUUCGGAGGAGAUCCGGCGACUGCUGAAUGCCGCCGCACAUGCGAGCACUUUGAUCGCGCCGGCCAUCGUGGACAUCGAGCAGCACACGCCAGCAUCGCGCAUUUAUUUAUGGAUGUUUUUGAGAGUAUCUAUGAGGAGCCUGGAUAUAGUCAUCGUGAGCUUCAUGGAUAUUAUGACGAAGUACCGAAUGAUGGAGAUGAGGAUUACCCAUAUGGGCAAUGGGUUGGACGAGUAAACAAUGAUAAUGAGGUGGAAAGAGAACCACAACCUGACCGAGACGUGGAUAAUCUUGAGGAGCCGAUUGACAAUAAUCUGCCAGAGAAUGGAACUGAUUCUGAAGAAGCCGGUGUUCCAGAAGCUGAACAACAGGUGGAAGACGUAACUGAAGAAGGCAACGGUGAAGAAGCUGUGGAAGCGGAAAACGAUGAGAUUCCUGAGCAAAAUGAUGAAUAG